GUCAAAUUUUGAACAAAAACUUCUGAAAAAGAAAACAUAUGCGAAGCAGAAAGUGUUUGUGAAGAAAGUUCUGAUUUUCGGCAGAUUGAAUGUAAAAUUUCCCUUAAUUUAAGUUCCAAAACAUCAGUGAAAGCGUACAUCAAAAUGGCAACGGAAGAACCUCGCAAUUUGACGCAAUUCAAGCGCUUCAAAACGGACGAUGAAGGCCGGAUGACAUUCUCAUCCAGUGAGCAGAUCAAAACGGAAGCGGCGAUCGAACGGUUCUACGACCGCUACGAACAGCUGGCAGCGCUCGAUCCUUCGCUGCCGAAGUUGCUGCGAACGGAGCAUGCUCGCUACUUGGAGACCUCACUGGAACGGUUGUCGACCGGGUACGAGUGCUUGGACAGCAGCCGGCCAUGGUUGGUCUACUGGAUCAUGAACGCGGCCAGUGUGCUGGGGAUUAAGUUCAACGACAGCUUGCUCAACCGGGUGGUGGAUUUCCUGAUUAAGUGUCGCAGUCAGGAUGGCGGUUUUGGCGGUGGUCCAGGCCAAGAUCCACAUCUAGCGCCGACCUACGCCGCCGUCAAUGCGCUCUGCAUUAUCGGAACCGAUAGAGCCCUCAACGCUAUCAACCGCAGAACGUUGAAAAAGUUCCUGUGGGGCGUAAGGGAGUCCAACGGGGCAUUCCGGAUGCACGUGGGCGGUGAGCUGGACGUUCGUGGAGCUUACUGUGCUAUAUCGUCGGCCAAGUUGGCUGCCUUUUCGGCGGAUGAAGAAGCAAAGCUGUUCGAAGGCACGGCCGGUUGGAUCGCCGAGUGUCAAACGUACGAAGGCGGAUUCGGAGGAGCCCCGGACUUGGAAGCUCACGGCGGGUAUUCUUUUUGUGCGGCAGCUGCUUUGGCCAUUCUGGGUGGGGAGAACAAAUGUGACCUGAAUGCGCUCCUUCGGUGGGCCGUUAAUCGCCAGAUGGCGUACGAGGGAGGAUUCCAGGGACGGACCAACAAACUCGUCGAUGGAUGCUACUCGUUUUGGCAGGGAGCAUUGAUUCCGGUCAUUCAGGGUUUGAUUGCUCGCAAGGAGAACUACCCGGAAAUUAUGAACACGGCUUUGUUCAAUCGCAUUGCACUGCAGGAGUACGUCUUCAUUUGCUGCCAGAAACCGACCGGAGGCCUGAUUGAUAAACCCGGAAAACCAACUGACCUCUACCACACAUGCUACACUCUGAGUGGCGCCGCCGUCGCUCAGCAUUGCGAAACCAGCAAACCGCCCCUAAUCCUUGGCCAUCCGGAUAACGAACUGCUGCCGACUCACCCCGUUCAUAACGUGCCCCCGAAGUGCGUAAUCGAUGCCUACAAGUACUUUCUCAAAAACGAACUGAUCGAAUCGGAACACACCAACGGCCAGUGGAACGGUGACACCGCAGCGAGUGAGGAACCCCCCUUGGCGGCGACAGCCAGUGCCGAGGUCGAUGUGGUGGACGUGGAAAUGCGCGAACAGUCGGUCGAUUCGGAACGAUCCAUGGCCAGCCAGCGCAGUACAACCCAAUCGGAUUCGAUGUCCGGCGUCACGUCCGGCGACACUAGCCAAAGAAGUUCCGAGGAACGUUCGGAGUCGAUUGAUUGAAGCAGGCAGUCAGGCAGGGCGAUGAAAAAGGAACAGAUUACCUAAUCAUUUUUGUUAGAAUUUAAAUUAAGCGUUUGAAAGUGUUUCAUAUAUACCUUUCUCCCAUUCUUAAGGGCCAGAUGUCGAACAGAAGCUAGCUUUAACCAGUUGUUCAAUCCCUUCGUAAUACAUCUAUGCACUAGUUUGAUAAUAAAGAACGAUAUAUUUCUA